GCCGGACGAUCUGGGGAGGAAUACCCUUUCUGCAGAGCAAAAUCCGAGCAUGAUGGGUCAAAGGCCCGCGAAGCUUCCCAUCACGACACGAAUCAAGCCCGCGACUCCGAAAAGAGUUUUCCUUAAGACACCAUCCUCACAACAUCCUCACCAUCUUGGAUCCGUCCCGAGACAGUCGCCGUGAGAAGAUUGCGAGACGAUUCCACCAUCAUGGGAUCCGUACCAGUCACUGACUUUGACCAUAUUGGGGAGAAGGUCUUGAGUCCAAGGGCGCUUGCGCACGUCGUUCUCCGAACCGAUGCCGGCAAUUUCCAAAAGAUGGUCGACUUCUACACUGCCUUUCUAGGAGGCAGGGUGACGCAUGGGAAUGACUUUCUGUCGUUCAUCACCUACGACGAAGAGCACCAUCGCAUCGCUUUGAUCGGCAUGCCAGGCACCGGACCCAAAGUCCCCACAAGCUCCGGAUUGGAACACAUUGCCUUUACAUUUCCUACGGUGUCGGCGCUCCUCGUCGCAUACCGUCAGCGCCAGGCACGAGGGAUUUGCCCCGUUUGGUAUCCCGACGGAAACAUGUUGGAAACGCAAGUGGACAACUUCGACACCGUCGAGGCGGCCAACGCAUUCAUGACAAGCAAAGAAUUUGGCGAGAACCCGGUCGGGACCGAUUUCGACGCCGAAGGUUUCAUCGCCAGACUUAAGCAAGGCGAAUCCGAGGAAGUAUUGAAGAAACGCGUCGAGAUUGGGCCAAGAGCUCUCCCAGAUGACUUGUUUUGA